CGAGACUAUCACCCUCUCGAUAUGACUGAGCGAGUCCAAGAGAACUCCGAGAGCACGUGGCCAAGCAAACACGACUCACCUAUUCAACUUAUUCAGGAUGGAAAACGCGCGACUUCAGAACGACGUUCCCGCAGCCUUGCACCUUAGCGAUACCCUCGAUCGAAAAAGUUCGAAGCCCCAGGGCAUUGCCAAAAAGAAUUGGAAUGACUUGAAGCCGACGGUUCGAGAACUGUACCUAGAUCAAGGACAGACACUCAGACAACUCUCCAAAUACCUGGAAGAGCACCAUGGGUUCAGGCCCACGAAGAAGCAACUCCUUUACCGAAUUUCUCAGUGGGGAUUUGAGAAGAACGUGAAGAAGAAUGAAAGACGCGCAAUUAUUGAGCAUCUUGGCCCUGAACUGGGAAAAGUGGAAAUUGAGGCGCAGACGCUGAGAGGGCGGACACUUGAUGCGGCGAAGUUGAAUCGAUGGAUGCGAUUGGAGAAGGUCACCUCUGAGGAGUCUUUGGUUGAAAACAAUGAGAUAGCAUAUGAUCCAGCAAGCCAUGUGCCGUUUGAACUGAACUUUAGACCGGCGAACCAAGACUCGGAAAAACCAGUGCCCACCACACAAACCCCAAACUAUGAAAAGCAAAGCGAGUUGGAUCUACAAGUUCAAGAAUCGCCGAGCGUCUCAGUUUUUCGUUAUAACGAUAAUUCAUUCGACUGGAACGCCGUGGAUGUUAUCGGAUCGCCGGGUCUCACCGAAUUGAUUGGAGCUUUGACUAUUGAAGAGUGUGAUAUCACACUUCUGAAUUUGGCUUCCGAUAAUCUCGGCACCGACGAUAUCUCGGGGAGCGAUUUAAUGGACCUAUGUGGUAGAUGUGACUCGGCUCAAGAAGAGAACAUUAUAUCCAGGAGGCAGUCAUGGUCGACGAGGCUGUCAAAUUCAACAAAGAAUUUUCAGACUCUUGGAGACUUUGAUAAAUCGUCGCACUUUAAUCUACAGUUCGAAUUGUAUCCGUUUCCUACAUCCUCCAGACAGCCUUUUGUUGUCCGCCGACAGUGGUUUUUUCCGAGCCGCUCACUCAAGUCCAAGUUAUCAGAGUUGGAAUGCAAAAUUAAACUUCAAAAGUUGAAACACAUGCAAGACACUGAAAUAAUUCAUCUCAUGGAGGCUAUGGGGGCCAGAGCAGAGGAGUUGUACUACCAAGACAGUUAUGAUACUGCAGAGACUUGGUUUCGGGGCGUGGUUAGGGCGAAAAAACUCGUGAAUUGGUACAAGCCGCACCAAACUUUGUGGGCUUGUCUGCAAGUUGCCCAGUGCCUCCGAUGUCAAAGUCGAUACAAAGAAGCGCAUCAACUUCAGCAGGGUUUGCAUGGCACUAUCGAGCGGGUAUUCAGCGCUAAUCACGACGUCUCUGUUAGGUCAAGAGAAUUAAACGCAGAACUACUGGGACGGCUAGGCUUUCCGGUAGAGGAAGAAGCUAUCCGUCGGCAAGUACUUCAAAUACGUCUAAUUUCUCUUGGAAUGAGACAUCCGGAAACGAUUUUUGCUUUGGAGGGUCUAGGAGCCAGUUUGGAACUGGUCGAGAGACAUGGCGAGGCUCAACAACUGUUGGAGGCCUCACUACACUUCCGGCUUGAGACAGCAAAGGAUUCAGGGGAUUUUUGCAAAAACCAAUUUAAUACCCUCUGGGGCGUGGCUCAGCUUGCUGGAUCAUUGAGGGAGGAUAGGAGACAUGACGAAAGCGAAAACGUGCUGGAGUUCGCACAUAAUUUGCUAGCCGAUGCGACCAGGUUAAGGUGUUGGGCUGCUUUUGUAUAUCACUACCAAAGAGCUUGCACCUACAGGCAUCAGAAACGAUUCGAAAGCAGCGAGAAAAUACUUCGAGGCCUUUUAAAAUAUCACCCAAAUUACAUGACGCCAUCCAUGAAUAGGCGGUUAGUGUGUGAGCUUGCGGAUAUAUUGGACGAGACUGGUCGCCACCGUGGAGCAGUCUGUUGGCGUAAAAAGGAAUAUCUUCUCCAGGCACAGAUGUAUGGACUUACACACCACUACACUAUGAACUGCUGCGAGGAAGUUGGGUUCCGUUAUGCAAACCAGAGUCGAUACAAUGAGGGGAAAUUGUUCUUCAAGAAGGUGAUUGAAAUGCUUGAGUCGAGUAGUGAAGAGCCCAAUUCUCGUACUUCCUGCAUUCGAAAGAUUAAUGCUUGGAUGGAACAACUGGAAGAGAUGAGGGCGAAGGACAAAAGAGAGGCGAUAGACAAUGAUGACGAUGAUGACUACGAAGAUGAGAGUGAUAUACUCGAUCCGCUGGAUUACUAGUACUGGGCAGAAGAGAGACUUCAUCCACUAGUUCUCAAGCACCACAUCACCGCCCCAAAAAUUCUCGGGAAAAUCCACAACUUUCGACAGGUUCUUUUGGCAAGUACAGAUUAAAAUUGCGUCCUCAAUUUCAGAACUCAACAACCUGCUCCUGUCUAGGGGCCUGUACCAACAAAUUGGGUCAAAGAUUCGGGCCUGCCGAUGGUCCCAGAAGAGAUGUGGCGCAUGCGGAGGGGGAACAUUUACAACUCCAGGAAAACGCUUUUAUGUCUGUGGACAUUUAUCAACCGGGAAAUCAAUCCGGCAGCAAUUGUUGGGAUUAAGCCUGACAGAGUCUUGGCGUCUUGAGAAUAUCAGGUAUGAAGGCUGAAUAUUGCGAAGAGUGUCUGGUGGCAAAUUGGGGUUUUUGGUUCGGAGCGAUUAGAGUAGCAAACCUCGUUUCAGUGAUCUGUUCUGUGUUGGGCUUUGUAUAGGCGUAUGCUACCUGCGA